AAGGUAUUAAAAAAAAAAAAAAGUCCAUGUAACUGAUCCAAAAGUCCAAACCCUCUUGGUUGAUCUCUUGAUGACCGAAACCAUAAAGGGCUCCAGUUAGGGUUUCAGACAAAACCCUAAACUCUAAUUCCAAAUUAUCCGGGUAGACCCGAAAUCAUCUGGGCAUUCUAUGCCAAAUUCCUCCGAAUCAAACCCGAUCAGUGUUCUUACUUCUUCAUAUUCUCACAGAGGGAUUGUGUUAGAAGUUGAUAACAAAUGGAAUUUUGUCCAACUUGCGGGACCAUGCUGCAGUAUGAGUUGCCCUAUCUGGGCCGUCCUUCUAGAUUCUUCUGCCCGGCAUGUCCCUAUGUAUGCUACUUAGAGAACAAGGUUAAGAUAAAGAAAAAGCAACCUCUGGUUAAGAAAGAUUUAGAGCCUGUCGUCACAGAUGAUGACAUGAAGAAUGCGUCUCAGACUGAUGCAUCAUGCCCGAAAUGUGGUCAUGGAAGGGCUGCUUAUGUUCAAUUUCAGACUAGAUCAGCCGAUGAGCCGGCCACAACAUUUUAUACGUGCUUGAAUGAGACUUGUAGAAACAAAUGGCGUGAUGAUUAAAUGCUUUUGUCAUGCACAUAUUUCAGUCUUUCCAACUACGCAGUAUAAGGAGGUUUUUGCACAUUUGAAGUUCAGUUUAUUCUCAAGCUCUCUUAAUUA